ACCAGCAGCUGCACCAGCAGCUAAGAAAGCAGAAGUGGAAGGAAAGCUUUAUUUUGUGUCAGAGCCUCAGAGUAUCAAAGUCAUGGAAAAGACUGUUGCAACAUUUAUUGCAAAAGUUGGAGGAGACCCGAUUCCAAAUGUUAAAUGGAUGAAGGGCAAAUGGAGGCAACUCAACCAGGGAGGUCGCAUUAUAAUCCAGCAGAGAGGAGAUGAAGCCAAACUAGAAAUAAAAGCCGCAAUGAAAACUGAUUCUGGCAUGUACAAAUGUGUAGCUUUUAACCAACAUGGAGAAAUAGAGAGGAGUGUAAACCUACAAGUUGAAGAAAGAAAGAAAGAAGUUGUUGAAGGGGAUCUCAGGGCAAAACUAAAAAGUGCUCCAACAAAAAGGAAGGAAGAAGAGGAAGAGCAACCUAUUGAUAUCUUGGAACUUCUCAAAAAUGUAGAUCCCAAAGAGUAUGAGAAAUAUGCUCGCAUGUAUGGUAUUACAGAUUUCCGUGGCCUCCUGCAAGCCUUUGAGUUACUAAAGCAAACACAAGCAGAAGAAAGCCAUAGAUUGGAAAUUGAGCUCACAGAAAAAGCUAAAAGAGAAGAUCAGGAGUUUGAUGAGCUUGUAGCUUUUAUUCAGCAACGACUCUCACAGACAGAGCCAAUUACUCUGAUCAGAGACAUCGAAAAUCAGAUGGUUUUAACAGAUGAGGAUGCUAUCUUUGAAUGUGAGAUUAAAAUUAAUUAUCCAGAAAUUAAACUUUCAUGGUACAAGGGAACCCAAAAACUGGACUCCAAUGACAAAUAUGAAAUUAGAAUUGAAGGUGAUCGCCACAUACUGAGAAUCAGGAACUGCCAACUUGAAGAUCAGGGAAAUUUCAGAAUAGUGUGUGGACCACACAUUGCCAGUGCCAGGCUAACUGUGAUCGAACCUGCAGUUGAACGGCAUCUUCAUGAUACUACUUUCAAAGAAGGAAACACAUGCACACUGUCUUGUCAGUUCUCUAUCCCAAAUGCCAAGUCUCAGUGGUAUAGAAAUGGGAGACCCAUUAAGAUAGGAGGGAGAUACUCAACACAAGUGUCUGACAAAGUACACAAACUCAUCAUCAAGGACGUUAGAACAGAAGACCAGGGACAGUAUACCUGCAAACUUGACAAUCUAGAAACAACUGCAGAUCUGGCCAUUGAAGCCGAACCAAUUCAGUUCACAAAGAGCAUACAGAACAUUGUAGUGAGUGAACACCAGUCUGCAACCUUUGAGUGCGAGGUGUCUUUUGAUGAUGCGGUUGUGACAUGGUAUAAAGGCUCUACUGAACUGAGAGAGAGUCCCAAGUACAGCUUCAGAAGUGAAGGCCGCUGUCAUUAUAUGACUAUUCACAAUGUUACUGCAGAAGAUGAAGGUGUGUAUUCUGUAAUUGCUCGUCUUGAACCAAGAGGAGAAGCGAGAAGCACUGCAGAGCUCUAUCUAGUAACCAAAGAAAUCAAACUGGAGUUGAAGCCACCAGAUGUUCCUGAUGCCAAGGUUGCAGUUCCACCUCAAAAACCAGCUGAAGCUGCUCCUAUUCCUAUUCUUCUGCCUCUUGUUCCACCGCCAGAGGAGAAAAAGCCAGAGAAAAAGGUUCCAGUAAAGAAGGUCUCCAAAAAGGUGGUUAAAAAAGGUCCUGAAGUAGUCCCACCACCUAAAGUUCCUGAGGUGCUGCCAGAGAAGCCCAAAGAGAUCAAAAUAACAUCCAUGGCAAGGAGAGAAGAGAUUCGUGAAGAAAAGAAGGAAAUAUAUGAAAAGCCCAAAGAAAUUUAUGAAGAAUGGGAAGAAGAUUAUGGAGAAGACCAUGACUAUUAUGUCAAGGAAGAAGGCUAUGAUGAAGGGGAAGAGGAAUGGGAAGAAGCUUAUGAGAAAAGGGAAGUGACUUAUGAAGAAAAACGAGUCAUUCACGAAGAAGUUGUUGAAGUUCCUAAGAAGCCUGUGCCUGAGCGAAAACCACCAGCAAUUACAGCAGAAAAGAAGGAAAAGAAAGAAGUAACAGUUCGUAAAGUUAUCAAGAAACCUGUAGAUGAAAAAGUGGAGAUAACCACUCAGAGGGUUGCAGAAGAAAAAGUCAAACAGGCUGAGGUUACCAAGAAAGUUCUACCCCCAAAACCUACACCAAUGAUCAUUGAGGAAAAAGUUAUGAAAAAGGAAGAUACAGAUUUGAUAAAAACUCACAUGCUGACUACCACUAAUGUGGAUCUAGAAUAUGAAAUACUAAACCAAAAUCCUAUCUUUAAAGUACCGACAGUAGAAACAUGGACUGUUUCAGAAGAAAAGGUGUCGGUCUCUGUCCACAGAGAAGAAGAGUAUUCAUAUGUCACAGAAGAGCCACCAGAGCAUGAGAAAAGAGUUGAAGAAAGAUUUUUUGAAGCUGCUUACCCAAUUGAAGCACCUAAGGAAAUCGAAGAAGAGGAGGAGGAAGAAGUAAUUUCUACAGAACUGGAGAUCCCUCACGUUGAAGUGCCUGAGAUACCAAAGAGGCAUGUUCCAGAAGAAAGAAAGCCUGUUCCUGUCCCUAAAAAAGAGGCUCCACCAGCUAAAGUUCCUGAAGUCCCUAAGAAACCUGUUCCAGAAAAGAAGGUUGCUGUUGACAAAAAGGAGGUGUCUCCCCCGGCAAAAGUUCCUGAAGUGCCUAAAAAAACUGUGCCUGAAGAAAAAGUACACAUUCCUGUUCCCAAAGAAGAACCUCCACCUGCCAAAGUGCCAGAGGUGCCUAAGAGAGCUCCCCCAGAGAAAAAAAUUACUGUUCCAAAAAAAGAGGAAGCUCCACCACCUAAAGUGCCUGAAGUUCCUAAGAAACCUGUCCCUAAAGAAAAAGUAUCUCCUGCUGUUCCUAAAAAAGUUGAUGCUCCUCCAGCUAAAGUGCCUGAAGUGCAGAAGAAAGCAACUUUUGAAGAAAGAGUACUUAUUACAGAAGAAAGAGUAUCUGUUGCGAUUCCAGAGGAAAUCCCACCACCUGAAGAACCAACAGUUGAAGAAUGGGCUGAAGAAGAAAUUGAGGAAGUGUCUGUUUCCAUUCAUACAGAAGAGAUUUCUGAAGUAACUGAAGAAGAGUCUUACUACAUAGAGGAGAGGGUAACUGUUCCUAAAAGAGAGGAAGGCCCACCCACUAAAGUGCCUGAGAAGCAUAGGAGAGUUGUCCCUGAACCAAAAGUUCCAGCUGCCCCUAAGGAAGCACCAGGAGUUAAAGUUCCUGAAGUUCAUAAGAAAGCAGUUCCUAAAGAGAAAGUACCUGUCCCUGUGCCUAAAAAAACAGAAGCUCGACCAGCAAGAGAACCUGAAGAAGAACGAGUGCCCACUUUCAAGAUAGAAGUUGAAGAACCUCCAUCAACCAAAGUGACUGAAGUGCACAGGAAAAUUAUCACAGAAGAAAAAGUUGCAGUUGCUAAAAAAGAGGAGGCUCCACCAAAAAGAGCAGUACCCAAGAAGCCUAUGCCAGAAGACAAAGUACCUGUUCCAAUUUCAAGGAAAGUGGCAGCUCCACCAGCUAAAGAAUUUAGUAUUCUUACAAUUACUAUCUUUAAAGUGCCAGAAGCACCGAAGAAAAUUGCCAGAGAAGAAAGAGUAUCCGUUGCUGUUCCAAAAAGAAAAGUGACUCCACCACCAGAAGUGCCUGAUGUACCAGAGAGGGCUAUCAUUGAAGAAAGAGUACCAAUUUAUCCGCCCAAAAAAAUGGCAAGACCACCAGCCAAAGUGCCUGAAGUACGCAAGACAGUUGUCCAGAAAGAAAAAGUGUAUGUUGAAGUUCCUCGGUAUCAAGAAGAGGAAGAAGAAAUUCCAAAAUAUGAAGAGGAAGAAGCCACCAGAUAUGAGAAGGAAGUAAUCCGUUACAAGGAGGAAGUCCACCAUUAUGAAGAAGUUAGCCACUAUGAAGAGGAAGUUCCUCAAUAUGAAGAAGUUCCUCAAUAUGAAGAGGAAGAAGUCACCCAUUAUGAAGAAGCAGCUGCUUAUUAUGAAGAGGAAGUUCCUGAAUACGAGGAGGAAGAGUUAGAAGUUCCCCAAUAUGAAGAGAAGGCUCCCCCACCAGUUAGAGUGCCUGAGGUGCCAAAGAAACCUAUACCUGAAAAGAAAGUCCAAGUGCCGAAGAAGGAAGCUCUCCAAGCUAAAGUUCCAGAAGUGCCAAAGAAACCUGUACCAGAAGAGAAGGUUCCUGUUCCUGUACCAAAAAAGAAGGAAGUUCCACCAGCCAAAGUUCCUGAAGUACCAAAGAAACCUGUGCCAGAAGAGAAGGUACUUGUCCCAGUGCCUAAAAAAGUGGAAGAACAUCCACCAGCCAAAGUGCCUGAAGUGCCCAAGAAAGUUCCAGAAAAGAAAGUACCUGUCCCUGUACAUAAAAAGCCAGAACGUCCACCAACCAAAGUGCCAGAAAUACCAAGACCUGCCCCUGAAGAGGUACCUAUAUUUGUUGCUGAAGAAGAAGAGGAAGAAGAGGAAGCCGUUCCAGAGAUACUAGCAAAAGUGCCGGAAGUGCCCAAGACAGCUAUCCCAGAAGAACCUGUUGCCGUUCCUAAAAUAAAGAAAAUUCCACCAGCUAAAGUACCUGAGGUGGCAAAGAAAGUUGUGCCUGAAGAAAAGGUUCCCAUUUUUGCUCCUGAAGAGGAAGAAGAAGAGGGAACUAUUCCAGAGGAAACUAUACCAGCAAAAGUGCCUGAGAUGCCCAAGAAACCUGUUCCUGAAGAGAAAGAACCUGUUCCUAAAAAGGUGCCAGCUCCACUAGCCAAAGAAAUCUGUAUCUUUAAAGUUCCUGAAGUGCGUAAAAGAGCUGUUGCAGAAGAGAAAGUGCCAGCUGUUGUGCCCAAACCCAAAGAACCAAUACCAGCUAAAGCGCCUGAAGUAUCCAAGAAACUUAUCCAGAAAGAAAAAGUGCCAGCUCCUGCUCCUGUGGUGGAGAAGUAUGAGUACACAUAUGAAGAGUAUGAGAAAUACGAGACAUAUGAAAGUAUUGAAGAGUUUGAGAAGGUUCAGGAAACUGAAGAAAUUGAGGCAUAUGAGGAACCUGAAGAACCUGAUAGAUAUAAGGAGAUUCAGGAACAGGAAUAUGAAGAGGAGGCUGAGGAGAAAGAUGUCUAUGAAAAGUAUGAGUUUAAGGAAAAGGAAGAGAUCUAUGAGAAAUAUGAAGAGGUGUAUGAGGAUGCUUACGAAAUCCAACCAGCUAUAGUUCCUGAGGUGCCUAAAAGACCUCUUCCAGAAGAAAAAGUCCCUGUUCCUGUUCCUAAAAAAGAAGCUCCACCAGCUAAAG